AUGCCUGCGAUCAAGCAUCCCGUCAAAAUCAACGUCGACCUGGGCGAGGGCUAUGGCAACUUCAAGUGCGGCCCGGAUGACGAGCUCAUCCCGCUUAUCGACCAUGCUAAUGUUGCCUGUGGAUUCCACGCUGGUGACCCCUUAAUCAUGCAGCAGACUGUUCGUGCCUGCAAGAAACACAACAUCGCUGUCGGCGCGCACCCCGGCCUCCCGGACAUACAAGGCUUCGGACGCCGCGAGAUCAAGAUGUCGCCGGAAGAACUGACGGCCGCAGUCAGAUACCAGGUCGGCGCGCUCAAGGCGUUCCUGGAUGCGGAGGGCAUGCCACUGCAUCAUGUCAAACCCCACGGAAUACUAUACGCGAUGAUGUAUAGAGACAAGGAAACAUGUAGGGCCGUGUAUUCAGCCGUUCCGAAAGGUACAACCGUGUUUGGACUUGCGGGGACCAUACACGAGGAAGUCGCAAAGGAGCUUGGACUCCCGUUCGUGGCGGAACUUUAUGGAGACGUGAAAUACAACGCGGACAGGACACUAGUGAUUGACCGGAAGAAGAAGCCAUGGCAUCCAGACGAGACGAAGAAGCAUGUCCGAGCACAGGUCGAGAAUGCGUCAGUCACUGCAGUCUCGGGCGAGGAACUAGAGCUGCCCAUCGGCGACUACCAUGUGUCGCUCUGCUGCCAUUCAGACUCCCCCGGCGCCAUCGACAUUGUUACCGCCGCAAGGCAAAUCGUAGACGAGUUCAACAAGCAGCAUUUCCCGUCAUGA